CCCCGCACCAACGCCGCCGCCGCCGCCGCCGCCGCCGGGUGGGGUGGGAGGGGCGGGAGCCGCCGCCGCCGCCGCCUCCCGGGUGGGCGCCCCGCGCCGUGGACGCCGGCGGCCCGGGCCGAGGUCUUGGGCGCGUCAGAGGCCUUGAGCCAAUGAAGUUGGAGCCCCUCAAAGAGGACACGGCCGGCCCAGCGUGGGAACUGAAGGCUCGCGGCGCGUCCUCUCGGCUUCACAGUGGCGGAAUGCGCGCGGCCGCCCGCCAGUCCCCCUGAGCCCGCGGACGACGCCCUUGCCCGUGAGUCCGGGAGUCGCCGAGCGCGGGCGAGGAUGGCCCUGGUGGACAAGCACAAGGUCAAGCGGCAGCGGCUGGACAGGAUCUGCGAAGGUAUCCGCCCCCAGAUCAUGAACGGGCCCCUGCACCCGCGGCCCCUGGUGGCCCUGCUGGACGGCCGGGACUGCACGGUGGAGAUGCCCAUCCUCAAGGACCUGGCCACCGUGGCCUUCUGCGACGCGCAGUCCACGCAGGAGAUCCACGAGAAGGUGCUCAACGAGGCGGUGGGCGCCAUGAUGUACCACACGAUUGCGCUGACCAGGGAGGACCUGGAGAAGUUCAAGGCCCUACGUGUCAUCGUGCGUAUCGGCAGUGGUUACGACAACGUGGACAUCAAGGCGGCAGGCGAGCUGGGCAUCGCCGUGUGCAACAUCCCGUCGGCGGCCGUGGAGGAGACGGCCGACUCCACCAUCUGCCACGUCCUCAACCUUUACCGGCGCAACACGUGGCUGUACCAGGCGCUGCGGGAGGGCACACGUGUCCAGAGCGUGGAGCAGAUCCGGGACGUGGCCUCGGGCGCGGCGCGCAUCCGCGGGGAGACGCUGGGCCUCAUCGGCUUCGGUCGCACGGGGCAGGCGGUCGCUGUUCGAGCCAAGGCCUUUGGAUUCAGCGUCGUGUUUUAUGACCCCUACUUGCAGGACGGGAUUGAGCGGUCCCUGGGCGUGCAGCGCGUCUACACCCUGCAGGACUUGCUGUAUCAGAGCGACUGCGUGUCCCUGCACUGUAACCUCAACGAGCAUAACCACCACCUCAUCAACGACUUUACCAUCAAGCAGAUGAGACAAGGGGCGUUCCUGGUGAACGCGGCCCGCGGCGGCCUGGUGGACGAGAAAGCCUUAGCCCAAGCCCUCAAGGAGGGCAGGAUACGAGGGGCUGCCCUCGACGUGCACGAGUCGGAGCCUUUCAGCUUUGCUCAGGGUCCCCUGAAAGAUGCCCCCAAUCUCAUCUGCACGCCCCACACGGCCUGGUACAGCGAGCAGGCGUCCCUGGAGAUGCGGGAGGCGGCCGCCACCGAGAUCCGCCGGGCCAUCACCGGCCGCAUCCCGGAAAGCUUAAGGAACUGUGUGAACAAGGAAUUCUUCGUCACGACAGCGCCCUGGUCGGUCCUAGACCAGCAGGCCAUCCACCCCGAGCUCAAUGGUGCCACUUACAGAUACCCCCCGGGUAUCGUGGGCGUGGCCCCGGGGGGACUCCCCGCCGCCAUGGAAGCCAUCAUCCCCGGCGGCAUCCCGGUGACCCACAGCCUGCCCACCGUGGCACACCCGUCCCAAGCGCCCUCUCCCAAUCAGCCCACGAAACACGGGGACAGUCGAGAGCACCCCAACGAGCAAUAGCAGAGUGACGCGCGGGAACCACUCGCGAGCCUGGGACCAAGAGGCGCCGGAGGUGAACUGAGAUGGAACGUGUCGUCGGGCUUCGGCCCGCGCCUGCAGCGUGGGCCGAGCCGAGCCUCGGGCGUGGCCGGGAGCGCCCCCUUCUGUUGUUGUGUGUUAAGUUUCUCAUCUGUGCAUCACGUCGCCGAGAGUGAAUCGAUCCACCCUCCCUCCC